AUGGUUGUGAUCCCCGCCUCCGAUCAAAACCCUCCUCCGCCAUAUGCUAGGUUCUCGAGGAAGAACACACAUGCGGACAGAUGGCAUUUCUUGGGCGAUGUCACCGGCACACUGUAUGCUGGUUGGGAAACUUCCCUGAGGACCUCGUACAUGGUAGGUGGUCAACGAUUAAGUACUGUAUUUUGUGGAAGGAGGUCAGUGGAGAGUGGAGAUUGGAGGGUCGGGGGCUUUAGGAACCUUCGGCGUGGUGGCGCCUCUAAAUUAACCAAACUCACGCUCUCCCAAGUCCCAACACCAAUCAAGCACAUUGUCAUGGACGCUAACCGUGACUCCAGCCUCGCCACCGACGACGAGCUCCUCCAAGCGCAGGCCGAGCUGUGGAACCACGUCUUCGCGUACACCAAGUCUAUGUCCCUCCGGUGCGCCGUCGAGCUCGGCAUCCCCGACGCCGUCCACCGCCGCGGCGGCUCCAUCACCGUGCCCGACCUCGUCGCCGAGCUCUCCCUGCCCCCCUCCAGGACGCCCUACCUGCGCCGCCUCAUGCGUCUGCUCGCGCACGCCGGUUUCUUCGACGCCGGGCCAGCGCCAGACACCUACGGGCUCACCCUGCUCUCGCGCCUCCUCGUCUCGGCGCCCGGCGCGGGGCAGGGCCUCUCGCCGUUCGCGCUCGCCAUGCUGCACCCGAUCAUCGUGUCCCCGUCCAUGUCGCUGGCGGCGUGGUUCCGCGCGUCCGACGACGCGGCGCGCGUGCCGUUCGCGACCGCGCACGGCGGGCGCGAGUUCUACGCGGUGGCGAAGGAGAACCCGGAGUUCGGCGCGGCGUUCAACGAGGCCAUGGCGUCCGACGGCCGCUUCGUGAUGGACCUGAUCGUGCGCGGCCACGGGCAAGACCUGUUCCGGGGGCUCGCCUCGCUGGUGGACGUCGGCGGCGGGUCCGGCGGCGCCGCCAGGGCCAUCGCCGCCGCGUUCCCCCAGGUCAAGUGCAGCGUCCUGGAUCUGCCGCACGUCGUCGCGAGCGUCCCGCCGGGCGACGGGGGCGUGGAGUUCGUCGCCGGGGACAUGUUCGAGCGCGUCCCGAAGGCCGACGCCGUCCUCCUCAAGUGGAUUUUGCACGGGUGGGGGGACGAGGAGUGCGUGAAGAUACUGCGGCGGUGCAGGGAGGCGGUGCCGGCCGGCGGCAGGGUGAUCGUGAUGGACCUGGUGGUGGGGUCGAGCCCGGCGGACGCGAGGGCCACGGAGACGCAGCUGCUGUGGGACGUGAUGAUGAUGGGAGUGGUGGGGAGCCCGGAGCGGGACGAGCGCGAGUGGCGCAAGAUAUUCGACGACGCGGGAUUCAGCGGCUACAAGAUCCUGGCCAUCCUCGGGAUCCGGUCGGUGAUCGAGGUGUACCCUUAGGUUUCCUUCUCUCUUUUUGUUUGCGAGGAAUCCUUGAUUUCCUUUUGUCUCUGGUAUUGUGCUCACUGCGAAUGGACACACUAGAGGGCCAAGGGGUCUAUGGUGGCUUGUGGCGUUUUCUUUGACGAAAAAAAAUCGACGAGGAAAAGAAAAAGAACCAAUCUAUGAUGGCAAAAGGGGCGCGCCGGCGGCUACAUGGCAUUUCAGAAUUUUUUUUUUCAGUUUCCUUCUGGAUUUCUUUUGCGUUCCAGUGUUCCAGCAAAAACUGUCAUUUGUCUGUGUUUAAAACUGUCAUCAUCGUGAGUAUAU